UUAUAAAGUUUCAGUGUAAGGAGUAGAACUUAAAACAUAGCAAAAUUCUCGUUAACAUUGAGAUCAUCUUACUACCAAAGCACUUUUUUUUAAACAUAAAUGUAUUGGUUUAAAAUUAGCAAAAUAUGUAUUUAACGAUGCCGAAUUACACGACUCCAUAUAGAAAUCGCUGCAUUGGCUGUGGCGCCGAAGAACCAGUACGUUCCAUUCAGGGCUGCCAAUUCAAAGUUCCUCAAAUCAAGGACCUGGACAAGCCGCAUUCCUGUGGCUUGGAGGAUUUCCCUUCUGAAAACUUGAGCUCUAAAAAAGCCAUCGGAUGCCAUGGUCACCGUCAAUCAAAAAAGCACAGGAAUAGUUAUCGAAGAAAGCUAAACAAUGGCUUGAAAUGGUCACCAAUAUGUACAAAAAAACGAGCCAAUCCAGAUGCAGUGCAUUUGCGUCAACCGAAACCAAAAUCGGUGAUGUCUUCAGAGCCCUUCUAUAAGGCGGUCAUUUUAAGAGAGAUGAUUAGGUUGGGAAGACAACCGAAUCGAAAGUUCGAAAAGGCUGCAAGAAAUGCGCAGCCUAUUAAUGAGAUGUAUUAUGAUAGUGAUACUCUGACGGAGCAAAUGCCGUAUGAUAUGGGAACUGCAGAAGCAUACAAACCUUGCAUAGUAGAGAUGAAAGAAGUCUCAGCGUCGCCUUCUUUAGAGAACAACGUUCAAAUGCGUAGAGACAACAGUUCCAAAGAAUUUAAAAUCUUAAAUUCGACAAAUUGCUCCACAUCAUUUGAAUCGUUUGCAAUGGAUGCAGGUGAAAGAGGAACACCUGGCCAUAACUUUUUAGAAGAGCCAAUGGAAAUUUAAGUGCUUCAUCGGUAUUCAACGCCUCUUUUAUGUGCAGUAAGCAUUUCAGACUGCGAUAAAUAAAAUAAGCAACACAUAUAUGCAAAAUAUUUAUUCAACUAAUAAUAUUUUGUACAAGAGAUUUCGUAGGUUUCCAUUGAAUAUGUACAGUAAAAUAAAGACCUGAUUGAGGUAUA